GAGUUUUACUAUUCGAUCUGUACCAUUUGAUCAUGCUCCUCUGUCUAUGCAGAUUUUGCCAGUCAAUCUCUUAUGGUCACUAAUUCACCACAACACCAUUAUCUAUCUCUUUCUCUUUCCUUCCCCACUUUCAUCUUUCUACAAAAUCAUAUUUAUCUCUUAAACAUAGCUACAUCAAUAUUCAUACCCCCUUCAAAGUUAUUACAACACAAAAGAGGAGAAUGGGCAACACCAAAGUGCCCAAAGUACUGUUGCUUCUAUUGGCCUUAAUUCUUGCAGCUAAAGUCAUAAAAGGAAUUGAAACAGAAGGAUGGGUAUCCCAAUCCUCUCAACAACAAAAAGAACCAAGUUUAAAGGAUAGCAAUGAAGCAUGGAGGAUUAGGAAUUCCAGGAGAUUAAUGAUUGGAUCCACAGCACCAACUUGUACGUACAAUGAGUGUAGAGGGUGUAAGUAUAGAUGCAGAGCUGAGCAAGUGCCUGUAGAAGGAAACGACCCAAUCAAUAGCCCAUACCACUACAGAUGCGUUUGUCAUAGAUGAUAUAUAUGAUAGUAAUUAAUUGAUAGAUUAUAGCAUAAUGUAAUUUUGAGUUCUUGGAGAAUUGAGUUUUUCAACUCCUACACCCCCCCUCCCCCUCUUCCAAUUUUAGAAAUUGCGAGUGCUUGUGUUGAAAGAUGCACAAAAUUUGCAUUUUCUAUGUUGUCAUGCAAUUAAUAAUGAGAAGCUUAUUUGUUAUGUUUCA